CUGCCGGAAACACCAAACAUUUUAAAGAGAAAAAAAUCCCUCGUAUUUUCCCUUUUGUUUUAAGCUUCUGGAUAUACCCUUUCGACCCAAACCCUAGUUUCAGUAGAAAGGAACAGAGGAAAAAAUGCCAAGAGAAAUCAUCACGCUACAGGUGGGACAAUGUGGGAACCAGAUCGGAAUGGAGUUCUGGAAACAGCUCUGCCUCGAACACGGCAUCAGCAAAGAAGGCAUUCUUGAAGAUUUCGCUACUCAGGGAGGUGACAGGAAAGAUGUCUUUUUCUACCAAGCUGAUGAUCAGCAUUAUAUACCACGGGCUUUACUCAUAGAUUUGGAACCUAGAGUUAUUAAUGGAAUUCAAAACGGUGAAUAUCGAAAUCUCUACAAUCACGAGAACAUCUUUGUUGCUGAUCACGGAGGAGGUGCUGGAAACAAUUGGGCCAGCGGAUAUCAUCAGGGAAAGGGUGUUGAAGAGGAUAUAAUGGACAUGAUUGACAGAGAAGCUGAUGGAAGUGACAGUCUUGAGGGUUUUGUUUUAUGUCAUUCGAUUGCCGGAGGGACAGGCUCAGGUAUGGGCUCCUAUCUGUUGGAGGCUCUGAAUGAUCGCUACAGCAAGAAGCUGGUCCAGACAUAUAGUGUAUUUCCUAAUCAGAUGGAGACAAGUGAUGUGGUGGUCCAACCCUACAACUCACUUUUGACUCUCAAGCGACUAACUUUAAAUGCUGAUUGUGUUGUUGUUCUUGACAAUACUGCACUAAAUAGAAUUGCUGUCGAGCGUUUACAUCUAUCUAAUCCUACAUUUGCUCAAACAAAUUCUUUGGUCUCCACUGUGAUGUCUGCAAGCACAACUACUUUGCGGUACCCAGGGUACAUGAACAAUGAUUUGGUUGGUCUUCUUGCCUCUUUAAUUCCAACACCAAGAUGUCAUUUUCUUAUGACUGGUUACACACCACUUACAGUGGAGCGCCAGGCUAAUGUGAUACGCAAGACUACUGUCCUUGAUGUUAUGAGAAGACUUCUCCAGUCAAAAAAUAUCAUGGUUUCCUCUUAUGCACGUACAAAAGAAGCUAGUCAAGCAAAGUAUAUUUCUAUACUGAAUAUUAUUCAGGGAGAAGUAGAUCCUACACAGGUGCAUGAAAGUCUACAGAGGAUUCGUGAAAGAAAGCUAGUAAAUUUUAUUGAGUGGGGCCCUGCAAGUAUUCAGGUUGCUCUUUCUAGAAAGUCCCCGUAUGUCCAGACUGCCCAUAGGGUGAGUGGUCUUAUGCUAGCAAGUCACACCAGUAUCCGACACCUCUUCAGUAAAUGUUUGAGCCAGUAUGAGAAGUUGAGAAAGAAGCAAGCAUUUCUUGACAAUUAUCGGAAGUUCCCAAUGUUUGCAGACAAUGAUCUUUCAGAGUUUGAUGAAGCAAGGGAUAUAAUUGAAAGUCUGGUUGAUGAGUACAAGGCUUGUGAAUCACCGGAUUAUAUUAGAUGGGGAAUGGAGGAUCCUGGAAAUAAUUUAACUGGAGAAGGAAAUGCCUCGGGAACACUGGAUCCGAAUUUGGAAGUGUGAGUGAAAUUGUGUUUUCUCUCAGGAUACCACAUCAAUAUUAGGAGCGUUCUGGAGAAUGGAUUGUACAAAAGAAAAACAAUGUUGUCUUUGUAUUUGAUGUAAAAGAAAACACGUGAAGUUGUUUUCUGUUUCGUGUAUUGUUUGUGUGUUAAAAUCGUAUGACCCGAGAAAAUAUCAUUCUGCUAC